CAAGUCUGUGUUUAAAUGCCGUCAUAUAAAUACUUUUUGCCAGAUGGUUUAUUUUUUGUGAUAGUGACUACUUACUUGUCCUAUCCUCAGGGUGAUGAGGAGGCCAGUCUGGGAUUACCCGUCAGCCCUUUCAUGGAUCGCUCCUCACCUCAGCUGGCUAAGCUGCAGGAGUCCUUCAUCACGCACAUUGUGGGGCCGCUCUGCAACUCGUACGAUGCUGCCGGCCUUCUGCCGGGCUACUGGAUCGACGAAGAGGGCUCGGAGGAUGAGGAGGAUGUGGAAGAAGAAACGGAAACGGAUGAAGAUGAGCUGGACGAGGAGAUUGAACCAAAAAGGAGAAAGGGCAGACGUCGGCUCUUCUGCAACAUCAUGCAGCAUCUUACCGAGAACCACAAAGUGUGGAAGAAAACCAUCGAGGAGGAGGAGAAGGGCAAGGAGCAGAGCAAGCAGCAGCAACAGCAACAGCAGGAUCAGCAGCAGCAGCAGCAGCAGCAGCAGGCAGAGAGCCCCAGCUUGCCCCCAUCUCCCUCCGACGACAUCCAGGUCAUUCAAGAGGAGGCCGAGGAAGAGGAGCGGCAGUAGCACGUGGAAGAAAACACACCGUGGGGCCUGGAAGCUCAGGGAGGUGCAGGGUAGAGGGCGAGCGAACCCCUUGCCCCCUUUUCCUCCGAACUACAUGAACUGACACACACACACACACACACACACACACACACACACACACACACACACACACACACACACGCACACGCUCACAAACACAAAUGACGUGCUCAAGACACAGGAUGACACCGCCCCCCCUCCCUUCGCUAGACCUCCACACGCUGAAAUAGUCACUGUGCCGACACUCAGACACUGAUGCAGUUCACGUUCUAUUGAUAAAAAAGGCCUUACUACUGUGAGAGGAUCCUUGCUGCAACGGUGGGAACCCCACUCCUAUGCACUUUCACCCCAUGGAGAAUUUAAAGAGAAGGAACACAGCGCCCGUCGACCCCCGUCCCCUCCGCAGCGGGACGUACCCAGAGGUGCAGAGACGUUGCCUCCAUGGUACAAUUGGCUGUGAUGCUGCCUUGAACUCGAAACUCGAAACUCUCCCGUAGGUACUUAAAAGAAAUAUAGAUCUAUUUAAAAAGAAAAAAAAAAACAUUAGGAAAAAAAAAAGAACACAAGUGAUAGACACAUGUUACCAAAGCAAACAGUUCAAACAUGGAAAAAGGACUUGAGACUGAGACUAUUAUCAGGCUCCGAGUCAGGAAUAUUCUAGAAACAUAAAUCAAAUGUGCCUGUCUGAACCUUUAUUGUCUUUAGUGGUCCAAGAGAUGGACUGCUGUAUUCUGCACUUAUUGUGUGCAGUCUCCCUCCUCAUGCUGGCGACACAAAACACUGUAUCAGACUCAGUCACGGGGACACACUGACAUUUUGACUGAAAAUUUGAACGUUAAUCCUGCAUCAUUUUGGAUGCUUUUUAUUCAUGUGUGUACCACCUGCCUUUCGUUUGACUCUCUUUCGUCUCUUUGUAUGUUUCAAAGUUUGUGUGUGUGCGAGUGUGCGUGCGGAUUCCCUCUUUAGGAAUGCCAACUGAUCAUUUUUUCCCCCUCUUGCUGUUCCCCAGUCCACCUCUGUUCAAAGCGUAGCUCAAAGGACACAAAAGCUGUUUUCAUGAAGGGAUGUGUUUUUUUUCCUUUUUUAAGUUUGAAUUAUUGCUUUUUUCACGGUUACUCAGGAUUUACACGAAUAUUACUAAUUAGUCACAGUUUAGCUGAAUGAUCUAGAGUAUGUUCAGAAAUCAAAGAAGGAAGUGGUUGAAUAAUUUUUGUUCUAUUUGUACUAUUUCAGUAAACAAAUAGGAGGGCUAACCUUCUGAUUAGUGAUUGCGUGCUAAAAUGCAAUUCUGUUGAAGUUCUAAUGAAAUGCGCUAUUUAUGUUGUAUCUUAGGCCACUGAAAAGAAAUUGGAUGUAGACAGGAGAUGUCUCAGAAUUUCCUCGCUUGUUUCUGUUGCAAUAGGUUGCAUUUGGCAUUAUAGUAACUCAAAGACACACACACACACACACACACACACACACACACACACACACACACACAUUCAUAUACACAACACACUUGAUAGUCUGUUUUCACACAAAAUCAAAUGACAGAAAAAAAAAUUACACAAACACACCAAGGCCAGUGGAUGAGUUUGAUGUGACACAGGGUUUCACCUCGAAAGCUGUACACUUGUUUUUAUAUUUUCUUAUUCUUCACCGUGAGGCAGGUUUAAUACUGAUAAUUCUAUAUUUUUUCGACUGAAGCAAGAACUCUAGGCAUUCCACUAGAAGCAAAGCAUUGAGUAGUGAAGAAUGUGGCCAUUCUAAAAGCCAUGGUUCCCUCACUGCGAUGGAAUUAUAAAAAAAAGGAAAAAAAAAAGUUUGUUUUUCAGAAGAGUUGGCAGUGUAAAUCAAGCUAGUACAUUACAAAAAAAAUG